AUGCCGCCGUCACGACCUACCGCGCGCUGCUGCCGAGUAGUCCAGCAACAGAUCCGGGCGCCGUUGGACAACAUAUGGAUCACGGAAGGUGUGCUGGCGAGUGCCUUUGAGCGCUAUUGCCAUGUAUCACGACUCACACGACGGAAGUCGAGCUCCGUGCCCGGCCCGCUGGAAAACAGGAGGCGACUAGGCAAGAGGAAGAUGACGGACCUGCACAUGAACACCCAGCCGACGCUGCCUCCUUGGGCCAUCGAGUUUCCGGUCGAUCUGAGCCAGUGGAAGUGGCAGCCGCCAACGCAACGGUCAUCGGAGAAGAACAGGGAUCUACAGAGCCAGCAAAGCCAACCCGUGCCAUCGAGGAUCCUGCAAUGGUGGACAAACAAGGUUGAGCCAAAAGAGGAGGAGCUCGAUCGAAUUGGAGCCGAGCACCAAUCUGGAAUCGAAUUCCACCGUCAGCUCGCCAAAGCCCGAGCGGCCGUUGCGGCUUCCACCCCGAACGCGAUCGGUCCAGCAUAUUACAACUUUAUCGGGAGCCUGCAAGAGGACCUUAAAAUGGGAGUACUGGAUUCCGAAGCUGUGGACAUGGCUGUUUCGACAUUUCCGUCGUCUUUGAUCGACACGGGUGUUGACGGCGAAGUGGUCAAUGCUUCCAUUGAGAUGUUUCUUUCGGCCGUUGUCAAUGGAAUCGCAUCCUCCAAGGUUUUGGGCCCGUCAGAGUUUGAUGCGCGCCUUUGGAACCUUUUGCUAAAUCGGAUCUCACAACUACCGGCAAAUGACGCGACGAUUCUUUUGUUUCAAACUACCCUCGACGCAAUUCCUCGCCAGUACGUCAACGAUGCCCAUGAGGGCAUUGUUGCGGCAGUGCAAGCGCUAGCCGUAUCUCAAUUACCGGGGCGCGGACGGGCCGCGGAUAUUGGCGUUGCGCUCCGCUGUCUGUCGCCCACCGACCACGGCGCGCUACUCGACGGGAUGGAAGCUGCAAUCUACGAAGGUUCGGCGGCCUUUGAGGAGGAAACUCGCCAAAAGCUUCGCUUUCUUUGGUUGCAGACCUUGGCACACAUGCCGCAUGUGGACACUAGCUACCUUUUGGACGCAUGCGUCAGGUCCGCCUAUUUUGACGGCGAGCGGUUCAGCCUCGUCGGCCGAGAUCUCAGCCGACUUCUCAUCCAGUACUGGGCUACUCGCGGGUUCCUGUCGGAACACAAAGCUGUCGAGGCCGCGUGGGAUCGCGAUUCUUCCAACCAUCCAGAAUUGAAUUUUGCUUGGCUGGCCACCCACAUCUGCGAUCUGGAGCCAAGGGGUUAUAGGAAUGGGCGACAAGUGGCGGUCCUGAUGAGCUUCUUCAGGGUCUUAAGACGGCUUGGUCGGGAAAAGGAGCUUAUGGCAUCACUGCAAAGCUUCUGUGAGACCAGGGAGAAAGUGACGAUUCUGCCGUUUAAGCUGCUAGCUAUGGCUAGUCGCGACCACAACGCCGCGCUUGAGAUAUUCAUGUUUCUGGAGACUCACGCCACCAAGUUGGACGGAAAGCUUAAAGCGCAGUGGAACUGGAUGUCAUGGAUGCACUAUGUGAAGCCCAUGAUCGAGGACAAGUCUGUUAACCCCUUGGUCAUCUGGAAGCUUGUCAACUGCGGCGUUGGGAGGAGUUUCAGGAAAACAGUGCAGCAGCCGCAGCGGCUCAUGAAGAAGAGGACGAGGCUGAUGGAGAACAUGGCAUUGUGGUUCUCGCAGGCGGAUCAUUUCACGGACGCGAUGGCUCUACGGCAAGUGUGUCGAUGCGUCGGUUGGCUCCGCGGACACAACAUCGCGCUGUCGGACAAGGUUCUUGUGGCGCUUCUGUCGGUGGUCACAAGGGAGUUCAAGAGGGGUGAAUUUGGACGGACCAGUCGUCUAGCCUGGUUCCUAGAUCUUUUGGAACAACAUCAGGGCCCUGAUGAGCGACGAGCCGUCGCUCAAGUGCUGCAGCGGUGGAGAAUAACCAACGGGGACCUAUAUGCGGUGGCGAAGCGUCGAGCCGAGGAGCGGGCUCAAAAGUGA